UCGAUUCACCACUAUAAAUAAUCUCGAAUCCCCCAUCAUAGCUUAUUCCUUACUUCAUUCUUCGUCACCCUAGCCGCUUAACUUGCCUGCGAUAUCUCUGAGAUUUACUUGACAAGUAACCAUGGGUAAAGAGAAGUUUCACAUCAACAUUGUGGUCAUUGGCCACGUCGAUUCUGGUAAAUCGACCACCACUGGACACUUGAUCUACAAGUUGGGAGGUAUUGACAAGCGUGUCAUUGAGAGGUUCGAGAAGGAGGCUGCUGAGAUGAACAAGAGGUCUUUCAAGUACGCAUGGGUUUUGGACAAACUUAAGGCUGAGAGAGAGCGUGGUAUCACCAUUGACAUUGCUCUCUGGAAGUUCGAGACCACCAAGUACUACUGCACUGUCAUUGAUGCUCCUGGCCAUCGUGAUUUCAUCAAGAACAUGAUCACUGGUACCUCUCAGGCCGAUUGUGCUGUCCUUAUCAUUGACUCCACCACUGGUGGUUUUGAGGCUGGUAUCUCCAAGGAUGGUCAGACCCGUGAGCAUGCUCUCCUUGCUUUCACCCUUGGUGUCAAGCAAAUGAUCUGCUGUUGUAACAAGAUGGAUGCCACCACCCCCAGGUACUCCAAGGCCAGGUACGAUGAAAUCAUCAAGGAGGUGUCUUCCUACUUGAAGAAGGUUGGUUACAACCCCGACAAAAUCCCGUUUGUGCCCAUCUCUGGAUUCGAGGGAGACAACAUGAUUGAGAGGUCCACCAACCUUGACUGGUACAAGGGACCAACUCUCCUUGAGGCUCUUGACCAGAUCAACGAGCCCAAGAGGCCAUCAGACAAGCCCCUUCGUCUCCCACUUCAGGAUGUCUACAAGAUUGGUGGUAUUGGAACGGUGCCAGUGGGACGUGUUGAGACUGGUAUGAUCAAGCCUGGUAUGGUCGUGACCUUUGCUCCCACAGGGUUGACCACUGAGGUCAAGUCUGUUGAGAUGCACCACGAGUCUCUUCUUGAGGCACUUCCCGGUGACAAUGUUGGGUUCAAUGUUAAGAAUGUUGCCGUGAAGGAUCUUAAGAGAGGGUACGUCGCCUCCAACUCAAAGGAUGACCCUGCCAAGGGAGCAGCCAACUUCACCUCCCAGGUCAUCAUCAUGAACCACCCUGGUCAGAUUGGUAACGGUUACGCCCCAGUCCUCGAUUGCCACACCUCACACAUUGCAGUCAAGUUCUCUGAGAUCUUGACCAAGAUUGACAGGCGUUCUGGUAAGGAGAUUGAGAAGGAGCCCAAAUUCUUGAAGAAUGGUGAUGCUGGUAUGGUGAAGAUGACUCCGACCAAGCCCAUGGUUGUGGAGACCUUCUCUGAGUACCCACCCCUUGGACGUUUUGCCGUGAGGGACAUGAGGCAGACUGUUGCAGUCGGUGUCAUCAAGAGCGUGGACAAGAAGGACCCAACCGGAGCCAAGGUUACCAAGGCUGCCGUCAAGAAGGGUGCGAAGUGAACCAUCUUCAAAAACCUAUCUUCCGCAGGUGAAUCAAAGGACAAUGUUAGUUUUUUUACACUAGUUUGGUAUCUGGUCGCUUGUCUGUGUUCCUGUUUCGUUAUUUCCCCAUCAGAGCGUUGUUCUCGUAAUUGGGUUCUUGAUCGGAGGUGGCGGAGCUAAGCAAACAUGCUUCCUUGUUUUUGCUUUUUAUUUGUUUUCUCAUUGUGAACUUUUUUUGGAAUUUUAUUUUAUGAAUAUUGUCACUGCGGUUAUUAUCUUCUUAUCUAGCCAAUUUUUCUCCUGUUGCAUAAA